CCUAAAUCACAACUAAAACCUUUUCUUCUUCUUCUUCUUCUUCUUCUUCUUCUUCUUCUUCUUCUUCUUCUUCUUCUUCUUCUUCUUCUUCUUCUUCUUCUUCUUCAACCUUUGCUUCAAUCUUUAAUAACUCUCAACAAAAACCAAACAUGGUGGUUUUGCCACAGCCAGUCACUUUAGAUAACCACAUCUCCCUAAUCCCAACAUAUAAACCGGUUCCGGUUCUCACUUCCCAUUCAAUCCCCGUCGUGAACCUAACCGAUCCGGAAGCGAAAACCCGAAUCGUAAAAGCCUGUGAGGAGUUCGGGUUCUUCAAGGUCGUAAACCACGGAGUCCGACCCGAACUCAUGACUCGGUUAGAGCAGGAGGCUAUUGGCUUCUUCGCCUUGCCUCAGUCUCUUAAAAACCGGGCCGGUCCGCCUGAACCGUACGGUUAUGGUAAUAAACGGAUUGGACCAAACGGUGACGUUGGUUGGAUUGAGUAUAUCCUCCUCAAUGCUAACCCUCAGCUCUCCUCUCCUAAAACCUCCACCGUUUUCCGUCAAACCCCUCAAAUUUUCCGAGAGGCGGUGGAGGAGUACAUGAAGGAGAUUAAGGAAGUGUCGUACAAGGUGUUGGAGAUGGUGGCUGAAGAACUAGGGAUAGAGCCAAGAGACACUCUGAGUAAAAUGCUGAGAGACGAGAAGAGUGACUCGUGCCUGAGACUAAACCAUUAUCCGGCGGCGGAGGAAGAGGCGGAGAAGAUGGUGAAGGUGGGGUUUGGGGAACACACAGACCCACAAAUAAUCUCAGUGCUAAGAUCUAAUAACACGGCGGGUCUUCAAAUCUGUGUGAAAGAUGGAAGUUGGGUCGCUGUCCCUCCUGAUCACUCUUCUUUCUUCAUUAAUGUUGGAGAUGCUCUUCAGGUUAUGACUAACGGGAGGUUCAAGAGUGUUAAACACAGGGUCUUAGCCGAUACAAGGAGAUCGAGGAUUUCAAUGAUAUAUUUCGGGGGACCGCCAUUGAGCGAGAAGAUCGCACCGUUGCCAUGCCUUGUCCCUGAGCAAGAUGAUUGGCUUUACAAAGAAUUCACUUGGUCUCAAUACAAAUCUUCUGCUUACAAGUCUAAGCUUGGUGAUUAUAGACUUGGUCUCUUUGAGAAACAACCUCUUCUCACUCAUAAAACCAUUGUAUGAGAGUAGUCAUGAUCAUCCCUAUCAUCCUUUGUAUGAUAAAAGUCAUAAUCACAA